AUGUCUCACCUUGAAGCCGGAAGCCUUUUCAAUGUCAAGGACAUGUUGUUUGUGGUCACCGGUGGAGGUACCGGAAUUGGAGCUAUGUUUUCAAGAGCUCUUGACAUCAACGGCGCGGCAAAGGUCUACAUCAUCGGCCGUCGGCUCGAGAAACUCCAAGAAGUCGCGCAAUCAGCGACAAAUAACAACAUAAUUCCGAUACAAGGCGACAUCACCUCCAAAGACUCCCUCGCAUCCAUCGUUGAGCGGAUCACCUCCGAAGUUGGUUUCGUCAAUGCCGUGAUUGCGAACUCGGGCGCCGCGGGCCCUAGACUCGAUGCUCUUCCAAAGUCGCCGCCGCCUUCUCUUGCGGAACUUCAUAACUUCUUCUGGGCGACGCCCCCUACUGACUUCAACGAGACCUUCUUUGUCAACACGACCGCGGCGUUUUACACGCUACUCGCGUUCCUACCGCUGCUCGACGCAAGUAACAAGGACGCAGUUAUUAGUGGGUUUAGUCGCAGACCGGGAAUGGGGUAUGCAUAUGCGGCGAGUAAAGCUGCGGUCAUUCAUCUAGUGAAGCAGAUGAGCACGUGCUUGGCGGACUACCACAUCAGGUGCAACAGCUUCUGCCCUGGUAUCUAUCCAAGUGAUAUGAGUCAAGGUAUGAUGGGUAAGGAUGAUCGCACCGCAAUGGGUUCGGUCAGUGGAGAUGUCGUCCCACUUACUAGAAUCGGGACUGAUGAAGAUGCCGCCGGCGCACUUCUGUUUCUUUGCAGCCGGGCUGGGGCGUAUAUCAACGGGAACAUACUCAUCUCAGAUGGUGGGCGAAUGUCGAUUGUACCGGCUACGUAUUGA